AUGACAUUGGAUAAAAUCCCCCCUCAAGCCCCCUAUUCAUUGAAUCAUUCGUCUGAGCAAUUAUGGGAAAUCACCAACACGGGGCUUGAGGCUUCUGGCGCACGUUUGGACCGAAUUGCCGCCCUCCCAGAGACAGAAUGGACAUUUGAAGAGUUCAUUGUCCCACUCGCUCAAGAUGAGAAUGAGCGUCUGCUUCAAUCUUCGUUCGUCGAGAUAUACCAGUACGUCGAACCUGAAAAAGAGCUUCGCGACGCUUCACGGGCCGCAACAGAGCAGUGGUACAGCUUUGCGAGCGAGGUGACUUCGCGGGAGGACCUCUUCCGGGGAAUCGAGGCAGUCAAGAAGUCCCAAGAGGCUUCCGGCUCGUUGAAUGCCGCAGAGAGCCAUUAUCUGGACCGGCUGUACGGUACCUAUCGUCGUAACGGGGUUCAUCUUGACGCGGAGAAGAAGAAGACGUUCCAGACCUUGCAGCAGCGCAUGGAGCACCUUGCCGCAGAAUGUAGAAGCAACCUGGCAGAGGAUUCUACGGGAGUAUGGUUCACUGAGAGCGAACUAGAAGGUGUCCCGGAGACAUAUCUGUCUCGGUUGAAGCGCAACAAUGAAGGAAUGCGCUUUGUUGGGCUAAAACAAGCGGACAUGGAGGUGAUAAUGAAGCAGGCUGCUAAUGGAACGACUCGCGAGCGUGUCUUCAUCGCAGCAGACAACAAGUGCCCGCAGAACGUGGCGCUGGUCGACGAGCUGGUCGAGUGUCGUGCUCAAACGGCUGUUCUCCUGGGAUACACGUCAUAUGCAGACUAUGUGAUCCAAAACCGCAUGUUGGAUGUGACUGAGGUGAAUGAUUUUCUCCACAAUGUCAAGGACCAAGUGGCCGAUCGAGCUGGGAAAGAGAGAGCGGUCCUGAUGGAGACGAACCGUCAGCAUCUCGCACAACAAGAGUCUGGGGAGACAGCUCUCAGAAUGCAUGUUUGGGAUCUCGACUACUAUUCGCAACGGACCAAGGAGUCACUCUACCACUUUAACGAAGAGAAGCUCUCCGAGUAUUUUCCCGUGCAACAAACAGUGGCCGGGCUGCUGCAGAUCUUUGAGCAGCUCUUUGGUCUGCAGUUCUGUGAGUUUGAAGAAGACACUCCCAUCUGGCAUGAAGAUGUCAGAAUAUAUAGCGUGUGGAAUGAGGAAUCAAUGGGAGGAGACUUCCUGGGAUAUUUGUAUCUUGACCUGUUCCAGCGGCCGGGGAAAGUCAACAGCAACUGCAACAUCACUUUUGCGCCGGGUUUCCAAAACACCGACGGAACGCUCCAUCAUCCCAGCGUCGCCCUGGUCGCUUCCUUUCCUCCUACCCAACCCAGUCUUCUUCGACAUGAUGGCGCACGCGAAUGCACGCCUCUUCUCGGUCCGAAGGAGAAGGGUGAUCACUGGGGGGCAGGUUAUGUGAAGUUACAUCAUAUUCUCGGAGGGUACGCGGCGGGAUACUAUUGCUACAUCUUGGGAACGGUAUACUCAAGGAUCAUGUUCAACGCUCGGUUUAGGAGGAACCCGCUGGACGCAGCUGAAGGGAGACGAUACCGUCGACUGGUUUUAGAGAAAGGAGGGAGUCUGCCGGAGCUUCCGCUGCUUGAAGCGUUUGUAGGAGGGAAAUUGGAUGCACCUAAGGUGUUUGGUCACAGUUAG